AUCGUAGCACUCUCAAGGUACUGGGUACCCAGCACUGAACAGAUCUCUUCUUCGAGCUGAGAAUGGCGUGCAGUAGCCAGAGGCUGCUCCUGGCUGCUUUGAUGUCAGUGCUGGCACUCCAUCUCUGCAGUGUGUCAGAAGCCUCUGGCAACUUUGACUGCUGCCUCCAAUAUACAGUACACGUCAUUCCUUUCAGGCAUCUUCGGGGAUUCACUCAACAGUGGGCCAAUGAGGCUUGUGACAUCAAUGCAGUCAUUUUAAUCACAAAGAGAGGAUUCUCUGUGUGUGCAGAUCCAAGAAAGACUUGGGUAAAGAAAGCUGUGCGUAUGCUCAGCCGAAAAGCGAUUAAGAUUUAAUAACUUAACAAUGCUCUCUGCAGUGGAAUUGGACACAGCUCAAGAACCUUGAUGAUGUCAACACUUUGACCUGAACAUCAUUUAGUGUUUGGCACAGACCUGAUCUGCACCUUACUUGAUUGGGUGUGUCCAGUUGAUGAAGUUGAUUCAUAUUGCAUCAUAGUUUGCUUUGUUAAGCAUCAUUAGAGUUAGACUCUACUUUAUGUUAAGUUAUUUACAUACGUGGGUUUUCCCUGUGUUUUGCUAUUUAAUACUAACUUUCCAUAAGCUAUUUUGUUUAGUAUAAGGUAUACUAUUAUAUUUGUAGGAAGGAGGUUGCAUAAGCUUUCUUGGAAGCAGUAAGCUAUUUUUUUUUAAAUCCUGUUGAACUUUCUUCUGCUUACAUAACUUUGUUUCCUAAACUGUGACAAUUACUUUGUAAAAGAGAAAAAAAUGUAUGCAAAUAAUAAAUGCUUAAAAAGU